UAUAGACAGAAAUGAGGGAGGUUUUAGCAUGGAGCGAGCGAAGGUGACAGGAAGGCGGGAUGGGAAAUGGAGGCCGCGGUUAGCCUUGCUGGCUUCAGAAUGAACCGCGACCAGAGGUGAGGCCGAGCCCAGCUUGAUGCGUUUCCGAGCGACUAAUGCCGGCGUGAUCGCCUUUCGGGGACAUCACAGAGUAUCAGCAGAGAAAAGAGUCUGUUGGCAUCAGUCUUUCAACCGAGGACCACUCUCCACAAUUGCAUAGGUUUCAUGGGUAACUCCAGUUUGAAGGGAACGAAGAAAGAUUAAUGAACGCUAUGAAGAUACCAAAACUGUUCUAUGCAUUUGCAGUUUUUACAUGCGCUGCUAUUUAUGCUGUAUAUGUAAAAUGGAAUUUGGACUUUAAAACAAAAGCUGCUGACAAUGAUUUGGAAAACCUGCUCCAUAGUGAGACAUCAAGAACAGAUCAGGCAGUUCUUUAUGGAAUCAUGUUUGAUGCUGGAAGCACUGGGACUCGAAUACAUAUAUUCCAAUUUACACAAAAGCCAAAAGAAAUUCCAAGAUUAAUCCACGAAACAUUCAGAGCACUAAAGCCAGGACUUUCUGCAUAUGUUGACAACAUUGAUAAGAGUGCUCAAGGAAUAAAUGAGCUUCUGACAGUUGCUAAAGAAGAUGUUCCUAGGGAAUUGUGGAAGUCCACCCCUUUGGUCCUGAAAGCAACAGCUGGCUUAAGGCUCCUGCCAGGAGAAAAAGCACAACAAUUGCUGCAUAAGGUAAAGGACAUCUUUCAAGAGUCUCCGUUCCUUGUAAGGAAUGACUGUGUCUCCGUGAUGGAUGGAACAGAUGAAGGUAUUUCAGCAUGGAUCACUGUCAACUUUUUAACAGAUAGCUUGAAUGUUCCAAGAAAGAGAUGCGUGGGAAUGCUGGAUUUAGGAGGUGGAUCAAUUCAGAUCACAUUUAGUCCAAGCACUGAGGCAGUUCUAGAGAGCUCAUCUGCUGGCCGCAUCACUUCAUUUCAGAUGUUUAACACUACGUACCAUCUGUAUUCAUACAGUUACUUGGGACUUGGUUUAAUGUCGGCAAGGCUGGGAAUUUUAGGAGGAGUUGAAGGUCAAGCCUUAAAGGAAGGUGAAGAGCUAACAAGUUCCUGCUUAUCACCUGGUUUCCAGGGUGAAUGGGAGCAUGCCAAGAUAUUAUACAAAAUUAAAGGGCAGAAGGCAGGAAAAUCUCUCUUUGAAUCGUGUUCUGAAGAAGUAGCAAAAUUGAUCAGCAGAAAGGUUCAUAGAACAGAUGAAGUCAAGGACUUAGAUUUUUAUGCUUUUUCCUACUAUUAUGACUUGGCCGUGGAUGCUGGCUUAAUAGAUAAUGACAAAGGAGGGACCCUAGCAGUCAGUGAAUUUGAAACGGCUGCAAAGAAUGUAUGUAAAACCAUGGAGGUUCAACAAGGAGAGCAUCCUUUCCUCUGCAUGGAUCUCACCUAUGUCAGUUUGCUAUUGGAAGAGCUAGGCUUUCCAAAGAGCCACAUUCUUAAGCUUGCCCGAAAAAUCAACAACACUGAAACCAGCUGGGCUCUGGGAGCGAUCCUUUACUAUAUGGAUUCACUUCACAAACUGCAGUAUUAGGGCUUUGGGAGUGUUGGAGAUGCCGUGAGUCUGGAAGGAUGUGAUGUUGCAGCAUUGCAGAAGCUAAGCAGGUGUGAAGCUGAUUGGUUCCUUGGACAGGAGUCUACUGCAAGCCCUACUCCUAGAAGACUACUGUAAAAGCAGGACAUAUAUUUAAUGAAUAUAUUUUUAAAGCCGUUGGCCUCUUUCCCCAGAGAACUCAGGUGCUUCGGUUUUGGAGGUUUAACAUACCAAUACACUCAGUGGGAUCGCAUAUCUUUUUAAAAGUGUCACUCAAAAAUCAGUGGGCAUUAUUCUGAAAAAGAGUAAGCUACAGCAACUGAAAUCCAAGUCUUGGGCAACAUACCUGAGGUCAAACUGAAUGAAUGCUAAAAACAUCCUGUGAUUCAUGAUGAGAAUUUUUUCAUGUUCUCCAAUAUGUCCUACAGUCUCUAUGAGAAAACCAUAUCAUCAGGCCUUUUGCCUUUGCAGCAAGCAUUCUGGAGCUAGCGUCAGAAGCAAAUGCAACUUUUAUAUUGCAUAUUUGUAUGUGUGUGUUGGGGGAUUUGCCUUUUUUAAAAAUAAUAUGGAAAUGUUGCUUUGUCCAACUUUACUAGUAUGUACUGAGAUUUGAAACUCAAUAUUUCUGUUCUUCAUAGUCUAUCUAAUACUGGGUUAUUUUGGAGGGGAUGUGGUGGUUUAAAGGCCUUUUCUGCAAUCUGAAGUCAGUUGGUGUCUUUCUAUUGACUUUGGCUUUAGUUUUUCAUGUGGUGGUGCUAGCUGGACUAGAAUGUUGAUAGGCACCUGCUUGAAGGUGGAAGAUUACAUGCCAGUCUUCUGCAGCUAUUCCUGUUGUUCUGACCUCGCUGGUUCAAAGAGGUGGCUGAGCCAGGCAUCCAUAUACACAAAUGAUGUCAGGCUCCUGUGAUGAUGAUUGAAAUCUCAGGGACACAUUUAAAACAAUCAAAGGUGUAGAACAGAUCUAGAGGGGACUAGAACCUCGGCUUUCAUGUCCCAUUUUAAACCUCAAAAGGGAAAAUUCCCUGCUAGACCCCCCCCAUCUCUGUGUAGGCUCCCAGCUCAGUAUAUCAGGAGUACCCUUUGUAUUUGUAUCCAGGCGCUAUUGGAUGAAACCGAUUAUCUAGAUCCAUUUCAAUUGGGGUUCAGGCCUUGGUCUGCCUUGGUCGCCCUGUUUGAUUACCUAUGUCGGGAGAGAGACAGAGGGAGUGUAACUCUGUUGAUUCUCCUUGACCUCUCAGCGGCUUUUGAUACCAUCGACCAUGGUAUCCUUCUGGAGAGGCUUGCGGAAUUGGGAGUUGGAGGCACUGCUUGGCAGUGGUUCUGCUCCUACUUAGCGGGUCGUCUCCAGAAGAUAGUGCUUGGGGAACAUUGCUCGACACCGUGGGUUCUCCAAUGUGGGGUCCCGCAGGGUUCGGUUCUGUCUCCCAUGCUUUUUAACAUUUAUAUGAAGCCGCUGGGGGCGGUCAUCAGGAGUUUUGGAGUACGUUGUCAUCAGUAUGCUGAUGACACGCAGCUCUACUUCUCCUUUACAUCUUCUUCAGGUGAGGCAGUCGACGUGCUGAACCGUUGCCUGGCUGCGACAAUGGACUGGAUGAGAACUAACAAACUGAGACUCAAUCCUGACAAGACUGAGAUGCUGUUGGUGGAUGGUUUCUCUGAUCGGAUGGUGGAUAUAUACCCUGUCCUGGAUGGGGUUACACUCCCUCUAAAGGAACAGGUGCGUAGUCUGGGAGUCAUCUUAGACUCUUCCCUCACACUUGAGGCUCAUGUAGCCUCGGUGGCCCGGAAUGCGUUCUACCAACUUCGGUUGGUAGCCCAGCUACGUCCCUAUCUGAGUAAGGAGGACCUCUCAUCAGUGGUACAUGCUGUGGUAACCUCGUGUCUGGACUACUGCAAUGCGCUUUACGUAGGGCUACCUUUGAAGACGAUUCGGAAGCUACAGCUAGUGCAAAAUGCGGCAGCCAGACUGCUAACAAGAACUAAGCGGUCUGAGCAUAUAACACCUGUGCUAGCCCGUUUGCACUGGCUUCCAAUAUGCUUCUGGGCCAGAUUCAGAGUGUUGGUACUUACCUAUAAAGCCUUAUACGGCGCGGGACCACGAUAUCUGUCGGAACGCCUCUCCCGAUAUGAACCGGCCCGUACACUACGGUCUACUACGAAGGCCCUCCUCCGGGUUCCGACUCAUAGGGAAGCCCGGAGAGUGGUGACAAGAUCUAGGGCCUUCUCAGUGGUGGCCCCCGAACUAUGGAAUGGUCUUUCCGAGGAGGUGCGCCUGGCGCCGACACUAUCAUGUAUUCGGCGCCAGGUUAAAACCUUUCUCUUUGAGGCAUUUUAAUUCCUGUUAAUUCUAAAUUAUUAU